UCUCACAAGAGAGAGUCUCACUCUCAGAGAGAGAGAGAGAGAGAGAGAGAGAAAUGUGGUGGUUUAGCAGGAAGGGUCCUUCAGGGUUCUCCUACUCUUCCACUGCGGAAGAGGUCACAGAGGGCAUCGAUGGCAGCGGCCUCACUGCCAUCGUCACUGGAGCGUCGAGUGGUAUUGGUGUUGAAACUUCACGGGUACUUGCAUUGCGUGGUGUCCAUGUGAUUAUGGGUGUCAGGAAUAUGUCUGCUGGUAAUGCUGUUAAAGAAGCUAUAUUGAGCAAAAUCCCUACCGCCAAAGUGGAUGUCAUGGAGUUGGACCUCAGCUCAAAUGCAUCGGUCAGAAAGUUUGCAGCAGAUUUCAAUUCAGCAGGCCUGCCAUUGAAUAUUCUCAUAAACAAUGCGGGAAUCGGUUUUGUUCCAUUCGAGCUUUCUCAAGAUGGCAUAGAGCUGAUUUUUGCCACAAACCAUAUUGGUCCUUUUCUUUUAACAGAGCUUUUGUUGGACAAAAUGAAAGCCACAGCCCACAAAAGUAACAUAGAAGGAAGAAUUAUAAAUGUUGCUUCUGAUUCAUACAAGUACACAUAUCGAGGAGGAAUUCGUUUUGACAAAAUUAAUGAUAAAUCAGGGUACAAUUCUUUCUAUAGUUAUGGUCAAUCAAAGCUUGCAAACAUAUUGCAUGCAAACCAGCUCUCUAGCAUUUUGAAGGAGCAAGGUGCAAAUGUGACUGUCAACUCACUUCACCCAGGACCAAUUGUAACUAAUAUUCAUCGGCAUUCUCCUAUAUUGAAUGGUAUUGUCACUACACUUGGCAAGUAUGUGUUGAAAAAUGUUCAGCAGGGAGCUGCGACGACAUGUUAUGCCGCACUGCAUCCUCAAGUUCAGGGAGUCACUGGGAAAUAUUUUGUGGACUCAAAUGUUGCUGAACUAAAAUCUCAUGCCGCAGAUCCAGAAAUGGGGAAGAAGCUUUGGGAACUCUCCUUGAAUAUGAUUUGAUUGACUUGAUUGACUUGAUUGUGGAGGUUCCUGCAUAAUUGCAAGCAUUACCAACUUUAUAAAGAAUUUUAUGGUCAGUCUGUGCAGUGGUUUGUGUUGUGAGGUUUACAUGAAAGAAUGAAUACUGUGUCUUGUAUUUCUUCUUACUGGCAAUGCAGCUGAUAUUUGACUGUUUGAUGGUAUAUUUU